CUGCAAUGUAUAAAUAUGUUCCUUUAUCAUUUUUAUUUGCUAUUUGCUCUUUAUAACAAUUCGUUACCCAGCAUACUGUGGGACAAUCAUCAUUUCCUGUUUGGGGGUAUAAAUAUCUGUGUUAUCACUACCUGGAUAGGCACCUUGAAAAAGACCAGGGAGGUCGAAACGUCGUUGGUGAAACCAGAUGCCACAGACCCCGCAAGUGUCAGCUCCUCUGUGAAAGAGGUAGAGAAACACUUAAAAGGACAACGCCUGGAUCUGCUAAUCAACAAUGCUGGAGUUCUGACACGUAAUACCCUGGGGACACAGACGCCCGAGGAUAUGAUGCAGGUGUAUAACGUAAACGUGGUGGGCCCGUUGCUAGUCACCCAGGCAUUCCACCCUUUGCUGAAGAGGGAAGCAGGCACCGGAAGGUCAGCCAUUGUCCAUAUCUCCGCACGGCUUGGUUCUCUCCACGAUCUUCCCAUCAUGUACGCUGCUUUUCCAGCUAUAUCUUAUCGCUGCAGUAAGGCUGCUCUGAACAUGCUCUCAAGAUGCCAUUCAGAGGAGUACAAACAGGAUGGCAUCAUAUCUAUAGCUAUACAUCCUGGCUCGGUGAAGACCGACAUGGGAACUGAUGAGGCACCGCUGACAAAAUCAGACAGUGUCGGCGCCAUGAUGAAAAUAAUUUCUUCCCUCGGUGAGGAACACAGCGGGACGUUUGUGGAUUGGCAAGGGAACACCAUCCCCUGGUGAUGCCAAUAUAGAAGAUGUUACAAAUAACUUAGUCAUCACCUGUAUUUGGUAAUAAAAACAGGUUUUCCUGCA